AUUACAAGGGUGCAUAAAUAAUUGGCCUACACGUGUACGCGAUAGAAUCGGGAUCCUUGAACCUAUGUGAUCGACAAACAUCUUAGACCAGUACCUAGGGCUGAAAAGGCAAAGGGCAAUUUAAGAUGUCAACAAAAUGAACAGCAACGGAUGAUAAUCUAGAGACCUUAACCGGCACGGCAACAAGGAAACAAGCACAAAGCAUUAGACGUUUCCGUAGCAUUGUCAAUGAUGAGAUACCGACGGCAGACGCACGUGCGGCUCACUCGACACACGCCAGCGCUCACCGGUCAUGCUGCUCAGCGACUCCUGACCUCGGUGACCCACCCCGACCCCGCGGAGAACCUCGGAGAAUAGCAGGUCACUGGGACGGACCUCGACGGCACCCUGGCGGGCGACACAGCCACGGAGGAUCACCAGAAAGGACAAGAAAGUCACGACCAGUCACGGCGACAUCUUCAAAAAGGGCAGCGGUUAUCAACGCUAUCCGAGUCAUCAUCUUAGAAAAACGGAACCCAACAAACAACCACCACACUGCACACAACUCCGCUAGCAAAUCUCCAACAACAUUUGUCGCAUCGCGGAAACAUCUUCUACUGCUGUCUCAGUGACGUCAUCCGAGCUCAAGAGCCCUCAAAGACCGGAGGUCGAGCACCUCUGAAGCACGUCGUAUUGAUUUAAAACCGGCGGCCGACAAGCCGCGCUCUGUAGGGCUCUUGGGCACGUCUCGAGUCUCUUGAGAGCUCGUCGGGAGGUGGGUACGACGCUCUGCCCACUAGGAAACGUGCGGUAUCUUCCUGAAUCGCUCCGUGCUAUCUCCGCGACCCGGAACAGCCCCGCAGUCCCGCAUCUCUCGGGCGUAGGCACGCCACAAGAAGCGUCCGUGUUUGUGCUGACUGAAGAGCUUCAGCAGCGCCGUCACCAUGCCGAGAAUUCCAGUUGUCGGCAUUGACGCCGCCGAAAUCGUCCACUGGUGUAACGCCAAGCUGGACCAGAUCGAUGUCCGUCUUCAGGAUGGUCAUGCGCAGAGGAAGCUGGUGCUGGUUAUCGUCAGCAUCGCGCUCCUGUUGGACAACAUGUUGUACAUGGUCAUCGUUCCCAUCAUACCAGACUACCUACGCCGAAUCGGUAUCUGGGACACACACAUUGAGGGCGGUCAGAAAAUCUACGCCAACGUCUGGCAAGCCAACAGCACGGGAAACUACUCCGUGAAGACGGUCAGCAAGAUCAUCAACGGUGUCACGGUGUAUGAGAACGAGGACGCCGCGAUAGGAUUCCUGUUUGCUUCCAAGGCCAUCAUUCAGCUAAUGGUGAAUCCCUUCUCGGGUGCUAUCAUCGAUCGCAUCGGUUACGACGUCCCGAUGACCAUCGGUCUGCUCAUCAUGUUCUUCAGUACGGCGCUGUUUGCCUGCGGGCGCAGCUACGGCGUCCUGUUCUUCGCCAGAAGUCUGCAAGGAGUCGGCUCGGCGUUUGCAGACACCUCUGGUCUCGCCAUGAUCGCCGAUCGAUACACGGAAGAGUCUGAGCGUACAAGAGCGCUGGGCAUCGCCCUGGCGUUCAUCAGCUUCGGAUGUCUGGUCGCACCACCGUUCGGAGGCCUGCUGUACGAGUUCUGUGGCAAAGAACUUCCGUUCCUUCUUCUAGCCCUCGUCUCAUUCGCUGACGCGAUCAUGUUACGCCUCGUGAUGAGACCCAUCAAGAAACAGCAAGUCGCCGCCGGCUACACCAUGCCCCAAGGCACGCCGAUCUGGCGUCUGUUCGCUGAUCCGUACAUCGCUCUUUGCGCCGGAGCACUGAUGAUGUCGAACGUAUCGCUAGCUUUCCUGGAGCCCACCAUCAGUGUCUGGAUGAUGGACCACAUGGACGACGUCCAAGAGUGGCAGCUGGGGAUGAUCUGGCUGCCGGCGUUCUUCCCUCACGUCGCCGGUGUCGUGUUGACGGUGAAGAUGGCAGCGAUGUACCCGCAGUACCAGUGGGCGAUGGCCGCUGGCGGUCUCGCGCUGGAAGGUGUCAGCUGUCUGUUCAUCCCGUUUGCCACCAACUACUGGGUGAUGAUGCUGCCCAUCUCGACCAUCUGCUUCGGAAUAGCGUUGAUUGACACGGCCCUGCUCCCGAUGCUGGGUCUUCUUGUCGACACACGUCACGUCAGCGUUUACGGCAGUAUCUACGCCAUCGCCGACAUCUCCUAUAGCAUGGCGUACGCCUUCGGCCCCAUCAUCGCCGGCAACUUGGUCAACUCUGUCGGCUUCACGGGUCUCAACAUCGGCAUCGCGGUGUCGAACGUCAUCUACGCUCCGCUUCUCUACAUCCUGUGCUACUGGAACAAGCAGCAGAUGCAGCGUCAGGGAGAAACCGAACAGAUCAACAUGGCCGACCACCCGACGGAAUACAAAUCCUACUCGGCCCUGGAGGAUGACAAUAGCAUCCAGGGAGACAAGUAUGCGAUGGAAGAAACACAGCUGGAUGGACAGUAUCAGGCCGGCUUCGGACAGAACGGCAGUUACGCACAGCACCAGCAGCAGUAUCAACAACCUCAGUAUCAGCAACCGCCGCAAUACCAGCAGCCACAACAGUACCAGCAACCACAGCAGUACCAGCAACCUCAACAACAGUAUAUCCACCAACAGCAGGUGCCGGCCAACGGGCACGCGCCACAGCCUCCGGCGCGGCCGCCUGCGCCCAGGCAGGAGUCGAUCGGCAACUCCAAUGCCAACCCCUUCCGGCCUCCCGCCUCCAACCCGUUCCGAGCAGGAGACGCGAAUCCGUUCCGUGGAGGAGCGCCUCCCACCUAGUGGUGACCCGGUGAACUAGAAACUAUCAAACUCUGGUGAAUGCGUGAGAGUGAGUGUAAGUGGCUGCUAGGUAAGAUUGAGAGAACUUGGAAGUUUAUGUGCGAGUGUGUAACUGUUGUGAGGCGUCGAUCUCGUUAAUGCUGCGAUGUUUUGUGCUAAAACGUCGCAGCUAUUCCAUUGUUGAUCGUCUGUGAAGUUCGUUCGUGCGAUGUCCGGCCGAUGGACUCCGUAAGCCGUAUUUCCGCGCCGGUAACUUGAAGCGACAACACACACACCGCAUACAGCAGCCUCUGCAUACAAACGAGGUAACCGCGAUACCCAACGCCCCAGCGAUCAAAGCCAAUAACCGUCCGCGCGUGUGGUCACCCUGGCAACCAAAACCAAGCCGCCCCGCGGGCCCGCUCCCUCGCGCCAAAGUCCUCAGCAAACAAUCCCGUACCAAUCUGGCGGCCUCUCUACCUGCUCUUGGCAGUGCUCAGCACAACUCGGAGGGGCUCGGUUAAGCCAAACGGCGUAAUUGGGUGUUUGCUGGCCUAACGAGACCCGCUAUAAUUGGACUCGCCUUUAUUGGAGGUACACGAGGGGUAUGGCACGUGCGCACAGACGCUAACGAUGCUAACGAGAACACUCGGACCGGGCGACUGGCGGCCCGUGCGCCGACCAGAGAGCUAACAAAAGUCGGGGAGCGGCAAACUGUGCGCCGAGUUAGUAAUUGGGAGAUGGUGCUUUUUGUUUAUUUCAUUUUUUUGUAGUCAGCCGGAUCAAAGUCGUUAGAAAUGUUUUCUUUUAAUGAUCUCUAACUUCGAGCUCUAAGGAUAGGGACUUGAUUACCUCUGGUCUUUUAUUGAUUUAUCGAUCACCCCGCCAAGCUAAUCCCAAACAAACCCUACCUACUUGGUGAAGUGGUAGGUCAAAUUAGCUAACCAGCAAACUGACUAUCUCGUGUAAAAACACACAAUUUUCGACAGUUCCGAAGCAACUAAUAAUCAGCAUCAACUAUACAGACUUAGACCAUCACGUUUUGUAACUAUCUGUCAUCGUUCGGAAAAUCCAAAGUUACACGUGAACUAAAUUUACCUUCUUAUCAGUUGAAAAUUUCCAUUUAACUCGCAGUCCAACAUCACUUAUUGGAUCUCUUAUCACAACCUGCCCGAUGACACUACCUACAGAGGACGCAUCAUUUCCUGCAUUCCCCCUCCCCUUCCCUCAGUUCUAGGUCACCCUUUCUGCCCUCUUCCAUCGUCGACGGCGACGCGUCCCAUUGUUGGUACGGCGUCGGCGUCUGUUCCGCUCUCACCAUCGAUCAUCGUCCCCUGUGUGUCGGCGGUGCCGAAACAGGGGAACGUCCCAGGUGGCCGCCGCCACUCAGACCGUCAGUUCUCAUCAGACGGUGACGGUCCGGACGCGCGAGCAGGAAUUGGCACGCGUGAAGCGACUGUGAUGAAAUCAGUGACGCGCGGGGAAAUCAUUGGCGCGCAUGAGACAGUGGUUGGCGAGCUUUUAAAUUACAGGUAACAAUUAUAUAUGGAGAAUGUUUGGGCAGACAAUUUUCCAUAGCUUUUUCAUUACAGUUAGCGGUUUGAUUUGAAACAUGACAAAAAUGAUGCCUUUUUAUAGAUGAUGAUAGCAUUCGUCGGCAAAAAUCGAGGAGCAUCUAACUAUGAUCAGCAACUUUCAGCUUAAUUUCUUCCGCUUAAAAAUGUUUACGAUGAAAAGUGCUCGCUCUUAAACAAAAGGAACGCCUCAUAUUUAAUGUCACACACCUAAUCCAAAAUGCUAAUCCAUGCCAAGCCUCAUCCCACCACCAAAUGAUACCAAAAAUAACGUGCAACAAUUCCCACACCCCUUCCAAUUUCGUGUGAGCUCUUGAAUAAAAUCAGGGACAAACGCCAGAGGACAUUAACCUCACCAUAAGUAACCCCCCUUUGACGCUCAGAAUGAGAUGAUUGCACAGAGCAUCGCUAGAGUAUCUGGUCAGAUAGGUGCGGUCAGAUAUCGACCGGGUAUCUAGCCGAAUAGAUACCGUCAGCACGGGCAUUUUGAAGAUUCAACGAGCAAUAAGUGGUAAUGGAAUCGAUUCUGUUUCAGUGGCGCGUCAACAAUGGUGAUGUGUGAUAUCACGCCAUAUGUCGUCAUUUCCACGUGACAUCAUACUCUUGCUAAACCGUCACAGGUUUUGUAGAUAUGAGUGAGUGUAUGGAUGCGUGCUAGUCAUUCGUUUCAGCAUUGAAUAUAUAUAACAAGUGUUUAUUGGAGAUGAGUUAAGCUUUUAGUGAAUAAGACGACGGCAAGGGGCAUUUUUAGUUGUGUGGUGAUGCAUUGCACAGUGCACAAUUAGGUAAUUUAAAAUUAUAAUAUCGAAGAAAAGUGUCCAAAUUGUAAUGGUUUUUAUAUUUAUCUAAUCUGAAUACCGUUCAACUCUUGUCAUCCUUACUUCUUUAUUUCUUUUGGUCGAAGCUUCUAGAUGAAAACUUUCCGACAGUUCAUGAAAAUACCUAGCAAAGUUUCUUACUAAUGAAAACCUUUAAAAAAUAUAGAUUAUAUGUUUGCACUAGUCACAACAGCUGCACAGGCAUAGGACCAAGCUAGUACAUAAUCUACACUAACAGCGCGAGUUGAGAAACUAUAAUGCAUGCUGAAUGAUUGACGAAGAUAAGAUAUAGGCUUUCUCCGCCGCGUAUUAUGGGCUAGUGUUGUUGUAUUCAUUGUGUAAAUCUGCGUCAAGUGUUGUACAUAUCGACAAUGUUAUUCGCUACGGUUCGAAAGAUCUAUGUGUUAGUGAUACAGUGUCAAUUAUGUGCGUUUGUAAACGUCUUACAUGAGUCAAUGUGAAACAGUGUGGCGACUUACCUGUUCACAUUGGGUGCAAAUUCGAGGGAUGGUUUCAAGAUGAAAACACGAUCGAUGCUUUUAGAAGUGGGAAACAAAAAUGGAACACGUGACAAACCCACUUGAGUCAUUUUUCAAAUUACGUGACGAAUUUGCGUCAAAUAUGAACGGUAUUCAGUCCCACAUACAUAUCAAGAAUGAUACAUAUCAAUGUAACUGUAAAUAGGUGAUAUUGCCAUGCGUGCUCAUAUGCGUCGUGUCAGGAUGUGUAAUAUUGGUUCAUUGUCAAUGCUAGUUUAUUUGCACAAUAUGAACAGAGCCACCUAGUCACUUCCCAACGGUUCUAAAAUUAGAAACUUUUAUGUUUUACUCAUCUCUGUGCAAUACAUAAUUUGUAACAAUGUGCAAUAUAUUAAUAUCAUAGUGUGCAGCCUAGCUGUAAUUUGUAAAGGCAAGCUGUCGACUUAAGAUGCAUAUCAUUUGACAUAUCCCUUUUACAAUAGUGUACCACACAAGGCGUAAACAAAUUUGGGUGUUCGUUUGGAGGCAAACAUAAUGCGACCAAUUGCAUACACGCAGCCGACAAAUUUUGUUUGUCACAUCACUGUUUGCUGCUCGUUGUAGAUUCACUGCACGCGCGGUUCGCACAAAUCCCAAAAGGUGCGGUUGUCUGUGCUGUAUUGUCACGUGAUUGUACAUCGGUUUCGAUGUAUUUAUCUGUGCUUGUGUGAGAUAGAAGCUGUAGUAGAUUGUGUGUUUGAGCGAAGGUGUAAAAAAUGUGGUGUGAUUACGGAGUGAUAUAAAUGGAGUGAAAUAAUUAUCGAGCCGGAGAGCCAGGAGGAGAGAGAAAAUAUGAGAAAAUAGAGAAAGAGAGAUAGAGAGAAAGACAGAAAAUAAGAGAGCGAAAAUGGGGAGAAUGACUGCUUGUUCUGUAAUUACGGCAUUUUAUAGUGAUGUUACGCGGUACUCGCAUGUCUCUGAACAUCGGAUUCAGAGUAAUUAUCGCACACUGUGGCUAUGUAAUCGCUCGGCUUUUCGAUUGGUUCAGGAACUAGCGCAAGUGUUUGAAGAGCCGGUUUUAGAAGCGUGAAUGACUGAGUCAUGUUUUUGUCUCAUGCUAGUAGUUUAGAAGGUGCGUGUCAGAUUGAAUGAGGUAUUUGUGCGUUAUUGUUUUCAGUGAGGGCGGAGAUGUUCUGUGAUUUCGGUUGAGUUUUGUGGUACCUAUCGUGUUUGUUGAGUAGUAAAUACAGUGUCUUAAUGGAAA